ACCUUUAAAUUUAAGUCUAGGCAAUGGGGCUCAUGUGGUGAAGGAAAUGCAUCUUAAGAUUUUUUAAAAAUCUUGAUUUGUUUGUGUAUGUCGUAUAAGGGAGUCAAACUUUUAUCUAAGAAGUUUAGGUACAGAAGGAAAUGGGAAUAAAGGGACUAUGGACUGUAUUAACCCCGUUCAGUGAAAAGAAAUCUCUUCAUGAGAUAAGAGGAGAGGUAUUAGCAGUGGACUUGGCAGGAUGGGUGUGUGACAGCCAAAAUGUUACUGAUUACCACAUUCAACCAAAGUUAUAUUUAAGGAAUUUGUUUUUUCGAACAAUAUACCUUCUCUUAGCUGAUGUAGAGCCAAUAUUUGUAUUGGACGGAGAUGCACCAGAGCUUAAACGAGAUGUCAUGGCGACUCGUAACGCAAUUCAAUUCAGAGGAGCUGCUCCCAGAUCUGAAGCAGUUAUUAAUAAACAACCUGAUGUUAGAAGAAAAAGAUUCAGUAAUGUGCUCAAAGAGUGUGAAACACUUCUGAAGUCAAUGGGUGUAAGGUGCAUAAAAGGAAAAGGAGAGGCAGAGGCUACUUGUGCGCAGCUCAAUGCCCAAGGUUUGGUGCAUGCAGUAGUAUCCCAGGACUCUGAUUGUUUCGCGUACGGCGCGCGGCGCGUGUAUCGAAACUUCAGCGUGUCGAGCGCGUCUGGCGGGGGCGCCAUGCAAGGCUCGAUCGACUGCUAUGAUGCUGAGAAAAUGUUUCAGAGCAAUGGUUUCGGCCGCAACAAAAUGGUGGCUUUGGCUCUGUUAUGUGGAUGUGACUACGGCCUCGGUGCUUGUGGCUCCUCCAUAACGACUGUAUUGUCGUAUCUGCAUACUAUUUCUGAAAAAGAUAUAAUAUCCAGAUUAGUGUCAUGGGUCAGUGACCCCGAGCAGUACGAGGAGAAGUCUCGCUGGGCGUCCGCUCCGGGCCGUUGCGACCGCUGCGGGCACGUGGGCCGCACGCACGCCAAGAACGGGUGCCCCGUGUGCGCCACACAUCGCGGUUGUGACGAAAAGGGACACAAAUCGAAAGUGAGCACCGUAAAACGAGAGUUGGCGCUCCGCACUCGGGCGCUUUCGUGCGGCGUGCCGUUUCCGGAACCUAAGGUUAUGAAGGAGUUCCUAGACGAUCCCCGUGAAACAAUAGAUGUCGACACUCUCAAGAAACCUUGCCCGAGCCUUAUACAAUUUGUGAAACUUAUGUCUUCAAAACUGGAUUGGUCCGAAAAGUACAGCGUGCAAAAGUUUUUACCUCUUUUGACGAAAUGGCAUUUUCAAGAUAACGUAGCUCAUAAAACCAUUCAGCCAGUUAAAAUCAAGAAGAAACGAAACCCUAAAGGUGUGCCUAGUUACGAGGUCCAGUGGGCCGACAUUGACGGCCAGUACGAGGCACUCAUUUCAGAUGACCAGUUCGAAGAAGAUGAAGAUAGAACUGCUCCGUGGACAACAACGGAGCGCCAAGACUUAUUACGAAAAUAUUAUCCAGAUAUAGUCGAAGCUUAUGAAGAAUCAAUUAAGAAGCCUCCGAAGGAAAAUAAAUCAGGCCGAAGGAGGAAAAACGACGCCGAGGAAGGCGAAAAGCCUAAAAGAAAGUAUAACAGAAAAGUGAAAAAAUUAAACGAAAAGCAAAUUGAAAAUCUCACAAACUCUAUUCGAAAUUGUGAUUUGAUAAAUAAAACGCUCGGGUUGAACUCCAGUAAGCCAUCUGUAAAGGUUGUUAAACUCAAAAGAAAAUUAAAAAGUGGUUCGAAUAGUAAAGGACAAAAAACUCUUAACAGUUUUAUCGCAUGUAAAAAAAGAAGAUGUUCCAAGAUGAUAAAUUCAUUACGCGAUAGCUUUAAAAAUAUGUCACUAAAUUGUGAGAACAAUACAAACAUGUCAACAGAUAUUAAAGGCGGAAAGAUUUUGGUUAAAAAGAAAUCCAACCAUUUGCUCAACAUGUUUAAAUCGGCUAGCGAUAGUGUCCACGGAAGUGAUUUGUCGGAUAUAGUGGACGACAUAGUAGCCAAAGCGCCCGUCGUCAAGACCGCAAAGCUCGACCAGAACGUGGUUAAGCUCGUUUUUAAUAAACAUUCUACGCCAAGAAAGUCAGUAUUUAGAAAUAGUGCUUUAAUAGAGUUACACUAUAAUUGCUCAACUCCACAACAACAUUCAAAUAAAACCAACACCACAUCAGAAAUAAACGGCAACACGAGUUAUUUCUUCGAUAAGUUCUCGGAGCACCGCGACGCCUUUGAACUUUCUGUAGAAAAUCACGACUGUAAAUAUUCUAUUAGCGCGGUGUACGAAGACUGACUGAAACUUUAGCGAUGUGUUGAUGUUUAAUAAUGCUAUAAUAGUUAUAUAGAUAGAUAGAUAUACGUUUAUUUGUUUGUCACAAUACACACAGAAUACACAAAAGAAAUAAGUUACAAAAAAGAAUUAGAAUACAUAAUAAGCAAAUUGGAAAACAGGAAAUAACACAGA